UCUUUCUUUUUUAACUUAUCGAUCUCCAUUCCCAAUUUUCGUUUUCUGUAUAAAUUUGAAUUUUUAUAUAUAAUUUUUAUUUUUAUUUUUAAUUUUGGUGGUGGUGGUGGUGGUGGACCGGUGGUAGAGGGGAUCUGAUCGGAGAAAAGAGAAUUAUAAUAAUUGAAGAAAAGAAGGAUUUUUUUUUAAAAAAUAAUAAAUAAAAAUAAAAGAGAGAGAAUGGGGAGGAAAACGAGGACGUUAGUGGUGGCGGUGGUAUGGCUGGUGUUGGUGGCGGAGAAAUGCAGUGGGUUUGGUGAAGAAGCAGUAAAAGAUGUGAAGAAUAAUAUGAGUGAAAUUGCGGAAGGUGCAAAUCUUGAUGAGAAAGCCGAAGCUGUCAAAUCUAAGGCUUCUGAAGUAUACACCGAGGCUAAGGACAAGACUGAGUCCUGGUCCAACUGGGCUUACAACAAGAUUUCCAGGGGAUUAGGAUUGAACGAAGAAGAAAUAAAAGAGACCGCGCAUAACGUAGCGGAUAAAGCAGGGGAUGCAGCCAUUAAAACUACAGAAAAAAUUAACACAGCAGCCUCAGAUGCAUCUAAUUACGCAUCUGAGAAAGCGGGAGAGGCAGCGAAGGCGGCGUCGGAAGCGGCGAGCAAGCUGAAGAGCAAGUCGGAGGGUGUGGUGGGGCCGGCGGCGGAGAAGGUGAAAGAGACGCUGGUGAGCGGGAAAGAUAAGGCGGCGGAGAUGUAUGAGGCGGCGAAGGAGAAGAAGAAUGAGAACUGCGAAACGGCGAGAGAAAUGGCGUCAAAGACGGCGGGGGAAAUUGGGUGUAGGAUUAGGGAGAAGAGUGCUGAGCUGUGAAGAAGUUGUUUUUGGUUUUGGGUUGAAUUGUAUUGAUUUCGAUUUUACUUUUCGGUCUAGAGACUGAGUUGUAAUGGAUGCUUUCGUUGGGAUGUUUAAUAAAAUAUUGGUUGAUCGAA